UGAUAAUUGUAAUAAUGCUGAAUAUCAGACCAGACAAUCAGUCAGUCCUCUAAUUAAUAUGAGGAUUAUUGAGGACACUUGAGAAUGUUGCACUUUUCUGUUGUUAAAAGCAAAUGAUGAAAUUAUAUUUUCAUUAUUGAUUAUUUGUUCUUUCUAUAGCAUAUUUGAAAAUGAACAUGUCUUCGAAUAUCUUCUUUUGUUUGGCCUUCCUUUCAUUUUUAGGCUCAAACUUUAUGCAUUUUUGCUUAAGACAUAAAAAUUUUAUAGUAACUUAUUUAUGGUAUUUUGUUGAUCAUCUAAUUGAUUAACGGACCUGUUAUUGCACCUCUAAAUCAGGAUUCUAGUACCUAUUUUUGCUGUUUUGUGCAGAAGCAAGUGCGUGGCAUUGAUCGCGGAGCUGACUUGCUGUAAAAUGUCAGAACGUCCACGGUGAGAGAGGUCUGUUAGCGUCGUCGUCAUCGUGAAUGUCCAGCAGCUCUGCGGUUUCAGCAGAUCUCACUGAUGAGCAGCGGUGGUGAAAAUGAGCCUGAAAAUAAAUGAAGGCUGGCAGCUGUAAACUCUCCACGCCGGCCAGAGCGAAUCAAAUCAAUACUCUGUCUGCUGCCAGACCCUUUAUCUCUGCUCCUCCACAUCUCCAUUCCCGCUGGCUUCGUCCCAGUCUGCCCAGUGUUCCCAGUGGCUUCCAGCCUCCUGGCAACUCUCCUGUCAGCCUGCAGAGCGGCUGCACGGAGGCGGCGCCGAGCCAGCCUGGCGAAUUAGAGAUCCGUCCUGAGUCCAGCUGACCUCUGACCUCUGACCCGCAUUUGUGUCGGACUCUCGGCUGCCGGUCGCGAUGAAGACGAGGAUGAGGUGUUGACGUGUGAAAGGAAGGCAAGGGUCAUCACACCUGCAGCUCACAGAUGGACAAGGAUGAGUCCCUGAAAGUCUUGGAUUACACAGCGGAGGACUUUGGGAAUUCUUGGGAUUCUCUGCGUGAGGCACAGCAAACAAAUAAAAACUAGAGGCUUGUUAUUGUGUUGGAAUGUCGAACUAAAGGAUCCUUGAAUACAGAGGCAGUGGAAUGUACAAUAAAUGAUCUGUGGAAUGUAAAACUGAUAAAACAAUUCAGCACAUUUCUAAUCUCACAAAUGUCCCAAACUCUGGAUUUUAUUGGGUUUUUUUUUAAGUCAAAGAACUUUCUGGGUUCCCAGAAUUUAGCUGUCUUGUCAGACUUUUGGAAUUGAGCUGCUUUUUUGUGCUCAAACUUGCUUCAUCCAUUUUUUCCCCACAUUUUUUAAAUUUCCAUCCUCCUCUCGGUCGGAGGAAAUGGAUCCUCGGAUACGAGAACAGACGACAGGAAGUUGAUCAACAGACAAACCGAUAGAGAGGAGGGAUAUGUCGUGGAAGAGGAACUACUUUGCGUCAGGCGGCGGCAGUGGUGGCGGCAGCGGUGGAAGCGGCGUCAGUGGCGGCGGAGGAAGUGGAGGAGGAGGUGGGAUGCAGGGAAUCCUGACACCUCGCACCAUGACGUCCAUCGCUCCCAGUAAAGGGCUGAGCAACGAGCCGGGACAGAACAGCUGCUUCCUGAACAGCGCCCUGCAGGUCUUGUGGCAUCUCGACAUCUUCCGUCGCAGUUUCCGUCAGCUGACCACUCAUAAGUGCAUGGAGGACUCGUGCAUCUUCUGCGCCCUGAAGAGUAUCUUCGCUCAGUUUCAGUAUAGCAGCGAGAAAGUCUUACCGUCCGACGCUCUUCGCAGCGCACUCGCCAAAACCUUCCAGGACGAGCAGAGGUUCCAGCUCGGCAUCAUGGACGACGCCGCAGAGUGCUUUGAAAACAUCCUGAUGAGGAUCCACUUCCACAUCGCAGAUGAGAGUAAGGAAGACAUCUGCACGGCCAGACACUGCAUCCCCCAUCAGAAGUUUGCCAUGACGCUGUUUGAACAGUGUGUUUGCAGCAGCUGUGGAGCGUCCUCAGACCCUCUGCCCUUCAUUCAGAUGGUCCACUACAUCUCCACCACCUCCCUGUGUAACCAGGCAGUGAAGAUGUUGGAGUCGAGGGAGAAAGCAACUCCCAGUAUGUUUGGGGAGCUGCUGCGAAACGCCAGCAUGGGAGACCUGCGCAGCUGUCCGAGUCAGUGUGGUCAGCAGCUCCGGAUGGCUCGCGUCCUCCUCAACAGUCCAGAGAUCAUCACCAUUGGCCUGGUGUGGGACUCGGACCACUCGGACCUGGCUGAGGACGUCAUCCACACCCUAGGAACCUGCCUGCGUCUGGGGGACCUGUUCUACAGGGUGACGGAGGAGAAAGCUCGUCAGUCGGAGCUCUACCUCGUCGGCAUGGUGUGUUACUACGGCAAACAUUACUCCACCUUCUUUUUCCAGACAAAGAUCCGCCGAUGGAUGUACUUCGAUGACGCACAUGUCAAGGAGAUCGGCCCUAAGUGGAAGGACGUGGUUUCUCGCUGUAUCAAGGGCCACUACCAGCCGCUGCUGCUGCUGUACGCCGACCCGCGGGGGACGCCCGUGUCGGUGCAGGACCUGUCCUCACGCCUCGACCUGCACCACCUCAACAAGGCCUGCUACGACAGCGAAGACUCGGGCCGCGAGCCGUCAAUCUCCAGCGACACUCGCACCGAUUCGUCGACGGAGAGCUACUCGUACCGACAGCCCUCCCACUCUCACCAUGAGUCCCUGGCCAGCCACUACUCCUCUGACUCCCAGGGAACCGUCAUCUGCAUUGAACGCCCCGACGGAGCCCUGCAUGCCUCGCUCUGCAGCCUGGAUACCAUAGGCCACGUGACGGACAGUGAGCAGCACCAGUCUCUGAGGAAGGGAGGCGGGGCCGGAGAUAGGAGGCGGAGCUCUAGCCGCCACCGCCGAUCUAAACCCGACAACGAAGCCUCGUCUGCCGGUUACCACAGUGAGGGAGAGACGUUGAAGGAGCAGCAGGUUCCUCGUCACCUCCCCAAACCUUCGUCCUCCUUCUCAUCCUCCACCAGCCGCCUCCGAGACUUCAAGGAGACCAUGAGCAACAUCAUCCACAGUCGACCCCUCUCCUCCUCCUCCUCCUCCUCAUUACCGGCCGCUGUCCUCUCCUCUGAAAUCGCCUCCUCCGCCGCCAACCACCACCACCUCCCUGCCACCGCUCCCUGCUCCUCCUCUGCCAAACUGCAAGACUGGGAGGCCGACAGCACCAGCAGCGAGUCCAAGUCCAGCUCCUCGGGGGGGAUGGGGAGGUACCGGCCGGCGUGGAGGCCGCGGAGGGAGACGCUCAACAUCGACAGCAUCUUUAACCGCGAGAGGCGCAGGCAGGCGGGAUACAGCCCCCUGGGAGCCGUGCUGCUCAGCGAUGCUGGAGUCUCCGACGGAGCCUCCUUCGCAGAGGACGUGAGGUCCAUCAGGCCGGGCUCCUCCUGGACUCUGCCCACCUCCUCCAGUGGCUUCAGAGCAGCUGGAGACGCAACAGGAGGCAGAGGUGGAGGAGGUGCAGAGCUGCCUCUUCCUCCUCCUCCACCUCCUCCCAGGCUGAUCCAGAGGAUGGAGAGCGGCUAUGAGAGCAGUGAGAGGAACAGCAGCAGCCCCGUCAGCCUGGACCUCAACCUGGGAGACAGGGAUUAUGUGGCGAAGAAGCCUUUGUCGUCCUCCUCUUCCUCAGGACCGUCGUGGAGGAACCUCCGGUCGAAGAGCAGCGGAGCUCUGCUGCAGGAGCACAGCUCGACCAGCAGGGGGAGCCUCGCGCCCCCUGCAGGCCGCAGCGAGCUGGACGAGCUGCAGGAGGAGGUGCUGAGGAGAGCCAAAGAGGAGGAGCAGCAGCGGCGGCAGGAGAAGGAGAGGGAGGCAGCGCUCGGAUUCAACCCACGACCCAGCAAGUACCUGGACCUGGACCAGCUGCAGAUCCAAGGAAAAGGCGACAGCUUCGAGCGGUGUGUGUUGGAGGCGGAGCUUCUGCUGGACCAAUCGGUGCGUCUGGAGCAGGCGGGUGAAGUCGCUGCCGCGCUGUCGGCUGUCAACGAAUCUGUCUCUAAACUGCGGCCGGCAGCAGCUGAGGGUGGAGCUAGUAGCCACAGCCGGCUGCAGCGCUGCAUGAGGAGAGCGCGCAGCCUGCAGCAACGCAUGCAACUGCAACUGCAGCAACAGCAGGACUCAGAGACAGGCAGACAGCAACCGCAGCAACCAGAGCAACAGCAGGAGGAGGGGCGGCAGCUCCAGGAACAGCCCAGUGAAAAGCCUCUCCGAAUACUUCUGACAGAGAAACAGGGCUACCAAUCAGCUGCCAGUCAGGACCAGCAGGCCCUGCCUCUCUCCACCUGCCUCGUUAAGCCCCUCCCUCUCACUUCGAGCUGCACCUCCAGCGCUGUGGCCCCUACAGAAUCACCCAGGGAGGAUGGCAGGACUGGGGGCCCCUGCUCUCGCACUGGGAAACCUCUCAGCAGCAGCGGCUCCCUCCCCUCUCUGUGUGUGGACACCUCCCUGGGAGACUUGGCCCUGCCCCCUCCACCUGUCUCCAUCCAAGCACAAGCCCCACCCCCACCGAGACCAUACAUCCGAAUCCCUUCACCUGUCAGCCUGAUGAAGCAGGAGCCAUAUUACACCGUACAGCCACAAGCCACGCCGCCAGAUGCUAACCCCUCCCCUAUAUUAGCCCCGCCCCCUGUUACCUACCCAACCAGGAACUGGUCCUGCUUACACCUGGACCAACCUGAUGUUGUUGAUUCUCCUAAUCAACCAGUCAGCUCCCCCCUUUACUUACCCCCAGACUCCCCCUCGCUCGUCCCCCCUGUGAUACAGACCUCCCCCCCGCCCCCCGUCCAGGAGUACAGAGCCGCCCUCCCCGUGGAGCGCUGGGCCGAGAACGUCAACAGGUACUACGGCUCCCAGAAUGCAACGGGAGGGGAAGGAGGGGAGGCGCUGCCUGGCGAGGAGCUUUCAGAGCUGGACUCUCUGUACCAGGCCAGCCUGCUGGCUCCCAGCAUGCACCGGGGCAGCCACGGAGUCAGUCCUCAGCCAACUGGCAGCAAACCAGGGGUGAGGAGGCUGCUGGCAGGUUCUGGUCGGUCCAAAACACCAACAGCUGAGAUCGAGAGAUUCGCCUACAGAACUCCGACGCCUCAGAAGCCACCGUCAGCUGAGGACGAGAACUACAGUGCAGAAAACCUGCGACGAAUCGCUCGCAGCCUCAGCGGCACCGUCAUCGGCUCGCGGCCACAGAACUUCAGCAGCUGUGACUCCUCUGUAUCCAGGCCUCCUCUCAGACACGCCAACCUUCACUCCUCCUCCUCCUCCUCCACGCUACUCCGUCGCCCCAGCACCUCCUCCCUGCACCUCCCCUCCUCCACCACAGAUCCCUCCCUCCGCCAACACCUCGGCCCCUCAGCUCCUGCACCUCCUCCACAGCACCUCCCCCCGCAGACAUCAUCACGGCCCCCCAGCUCGGUGCCCUCCUCCUGGGGACGCUCAGGACCUGGUCCGAGGCUCCAGCAGCAGUUUCUGGCUCUGCCUGACCGGCAUCAGACUCUCUCAGGUCAAGGCCUCCACAGCGUCGCGCUGAGUUACGGCACUUUGCCUCGAGCUCCUCGCCAAGCGCCGCCUCCCUCCUCCUCCUCCACCGCCUCCCUGCCCCGACCCAGAGCCAGAUCCGGCCCCGCCCCCCCGCCAGGUCCACAGAGUCUCUACGCCACCCUGACCCACCCUCGCCGCUCCGCUAACGGCCUCCACCGGCAGCAGUCGCUUCCCGGCUUCACAGCUCCGCAGCACCUCAGGGUCCCUGUCGACGCCCCCACCCAGCCGCUCCGCUUGGACGUCCCCCCUGAGAGCGACUGGCGCCGUGACGCCGACCGCCGGACCUGUCCAGCCCGGCUCCUCCUGGGACCCCCGCUCCGCCCGGCACCACCAGCGCCACCAGCCCCUCCAGCGGACCGACUCCCAACCGCCUCCUCGGCCUCGUCGGGUUGCUCAGCUCUGCUCGCUCUGCCAGCAGCUUCCUGCGGAGCCGUCGCGGCCCUACUGCCCGUCCUGCGGCGCCUACGUGGCUCGGUUUCGCCUGGUCAGCUGAUCAGGACCCUCUCCUCCCUCGACACAGAGUCUUAUUCCAAAAGUCACAUCCAUCAUCUCGGUGAAGAUUCUCGUUUUGUAUUUAAAUUGUGCCAACGUUUCUUUAAAUGCUCUGGUGUCGACUCGUCACAGUGCUGGUGGAUGAUGUCACUUUGGAGUAAAACUCUGAUUGGUGGUCGGCAGCAGCGUCAUCUGAGGAGGCGAAGACAUCAAGAAGCUUCAUCUGACUUCAGUUUCAUCCUCCAACCUCCAUUUCUGAGGAUCGGCUGCUCCACAACUCGUUUCUUCCUGCCUGGUCCACAGUAAACAUGGCAGACAGACCUCCUACAUUCAUGUACGUCUGAACGUCUGCUGGAUUUAAGCACAUUCAGAGUCCAGAAGAAAAAGAAGAGACAGAUGACGGACGGACAGAUGGACUCAGAUUAGAGAGUCUUAGAUGGACAGAGCUGAAAGUAAAGCAGCCAGUCCGUGUGAAGCUGCUGACCUGCUGUCUGUUCCACCGCUAACCUGCAUUUAUUAGGCUUUAUAUUAAUCUGAUUAUGUUCAUUUAAUAGUUAGAACAAAAUUAAUCAGAACUGUGUGGUUUUACAGCUGAAAAAGCAGUUUUAAAACAUUCUUUUAAGCUGAAUAUUUAUCAGUCCAGCUCUAGCUGAAAUUUAUGUCUUCAAGGGUUGUGUUUUGUUCGGCAAAAGUUAAAAAAAAAAAAAAACACAACUCAAAUAAUCAUUUUACAGUCACAACUGAUAAAGAAAGCCAGCAGAUGUCCUGUUUUUAGGAGGAAAAUAUUUGGUAUUUCUUGCAUUGAUUUUGCAUGAAAACUAACUGAAACUACUAAUUGGCCAUCAACAAAAAAUUAAAACCCACUGGAUGAUUUUUUUUCUGUUAAUGUAACAAAGAAGUGUUUAUUUAAGUGAUGAAAUUACCAAUUAGCUCGUCAGAUUUCACACAAAACUACCCAAAGAUCGCCUCAUUUUUGAUAGAUUUGCUGUUUUUGUUUGUCUUGUUUGGCAGUAAAUUGGUGAUUUGGGUUUUUUUGUACGGUUUAUUGGCUGAAAACAAUCUUUUAGAAGCAUCUCUGUCUCCUGGAAACGACCAAAUGAAGUCACCGUCAGCCACUGAGUUUGGAAAAUUGAUCUGAACUAUGGACGUUGCAGUGUUACGACACCGUGAUCUGGUUCAGGUAAAAUUGGUUUGAAUCAGUGCUGCCAACAAAUGAGUUUUGAUUGGUCGGUUGAUCACAGGUGAAGUGUAUGAUGCCAUUAGAAAAGCUGUCAGAGCCAAUAAGAACUUCAUGGAUGUUUUAUCAGUAGGAUGCUAGAUCUGCUAUCGAUUAUGAGGAAUUUUCCAGCUGCUUUUUGUCGAUUCGAAGCCACUAAAUGAAGACUAUCGACCGAUUUAGUGUCUGCUGUCAAUUUAUGUUUGCAAAACUUUCUUUUUUAAUUUAAAAGGCUCAUUAUUAGCAUUUUCUGAGUUUGGCUGCAUAGAAAUUCCCUCUCAGCCAGGGAGUUAAAAUCAUUUUCCGAAAAUAUAUCAAAACUUUAUUUCACAGCGACCUGAGAGACAUAUUUAUUUAUUCACAUUUAACUCAAACCAACAUUUUUCCAGAGAUUUUGUUGGUUAAACCUCCGAUCAGAGUAGCUUUGCAAGCCCUCCACCCACCCCGACCUCCUCCUGCUUGUAAACAUGCAGCCAGAAUUUAAGUUGCGCUUAAGUUUGGUAACUGGGAAAACGACGUAGUUGCGUAAUUUCAAGGAGACAGAGUUGCGAACGAGCUGCUGGACGUCACAGUGAGUUUUCUGCGAUUGAAGGACUUGAAAGAAAACGACAAAAGCAGCCGUCAUGUUGGAAAAAUUGAUCUUUUGUGUUUUUGAAAUUCAAAAUAAGAUCUGAAUGUAACUACGGCAGCACAAUUUAGGAUCAGCUGAGCAUCUAUGAUCAGUAAUCGAUGACACAGAAGUGUUGUGGCAUCUGACUGGGGAACGGUUGAAGUUGUGGGUUCAGGUUUGGGUUUUUUGCCGAACAGACAGCAGGUUCGUGAGAUCGAGCUCCUCUGUGCUGUUUCUGAACAUAAAUCUGCUCUACUUACUCCUCUAUUUAUUUUUGUAGGCUUGUCAGACUGAGUUGUGCGUAGAUGAACUAAACUAUUCUACCUGCCUAACCUGAAUAUACUCAACUAUAGACCUGAUCUGAUUUUCUAUAAAGUGAAUUAGUCGCUUGUUUGGGAUGUGCAGCCUUCUUAUAUCGAACCGGGGCUGAUUUCUGUCGUUCCAGAGCCUGUUAGAAGAUUUUAGAUGAUUAACUGAAGCCUUUUUUUUUUUUAAACAAAGUUGCAGCUAAUAUUUAGCAUGUUUUCAGACAUAUUCUAGCCUUGAGAGAACCACUUGACGUUGGUGUACAUUUAGUGUAACGAACACAUAUGCAGAUCUUUUUUAGCGCAGCCACUCGACUGCAUUUAACUCCAAUCCAGUGCACUUCACAAGUGUUGAGGGUCGAUCUUUCUUUUGCUCGUUGCUCAUUUCUUUCUCUCCCUUUUGUUCGGGGAGGAGCUUCCCUCGUUUUACUGCUCUCGAUCGGUUCGUUAGAUUAUGAAGGAAGCCCCUAAAAUGUUCUUCACUAACAGACUGAUCUGUCCUACUGCCAAGAAUCCAGUGGUGACCCCGCCCACCCGGUGAUCCAGGUGAGCCAAAACAAACGAACCCAAGUCUGGUCUGAAGCCAAAUCAUAAUUUAGGAGAUAGAUUGCUAAUUAUAUUAUUAUAAAUAAAUAAAACUAAAUAUAUCAUGCAUUGUGUCAACCAAUUUCUCAUUACAAAUUGAUCAAAAUGACCUGAUUUUUUUUUUUUAUUCCUGAAGAAAAUUAAGUCCAGCGGCGUCUUAUUUUAACUGUAAAGUUUGUGUUUCUGACCAGACCUGAGUUCACAAUCACACAGAUGCAACAAGUGUCAAGAAUUCAAAGAGAAAGGUUAUUUUUUCACCAUGUCAGACUUUUUUUUUUUCCUUUUGGCUUUUUGCUUUGCCAGAUUUUAUUUUGUUGAUUUUUGGUAUAUUUUUGAUGCUUAUUUUUCUACACUGUAGACUUAACAGAGAUGAUAAGAUGAUUAAAAUGUUUAAAGGAA